GGCGAAGGUUUCCUGAGAUUGUGAUUGCGGAAGAAGAAGGGUGGAAUAAGUGUAUUGAAGGUUCAAAUGCUGUUGUAAACUUGGCUGGAAUGCCCAUAAGUACUAGAUGGUCAUCUGAGGUCAAGAAGGAAAUUAAGCAAAGCCGAGUCAAAGUUACUUCUAAGGUGGUUGAUCUGAUUAAUAAGAUGAAUUCCAGUACACGGCCUUCUGUUCUGAUCAGCGCAACAGCAAUUGGCUAUUAUG